UCGACAAAUUCGAUGAAUUGUAAGCAAACAUUCAUAGCAUGUAUUAGUUAUAUUGACAAUCAAUGAAAGGUUUAGUGACAGUCAUAUCAUUCAAUUUAUUUUUUUAAACAAAUUGUUUAUUUGUUAUCAUUAAAUAAAAUUCAAUAUAAAAUAAAACAAAUCGGAGACAAACAAACACAUAACUCAACCAAUACUUGACUUUCAGCAAUAACUUUGCUAAGACAUCAAUAUCUUCAUCACCACUGAAUGUGUCUACUGUUUGAUUGUUUUAAUCGGUGACAAUGUUGGCUAAGAAAAGUGAUUAUCUGCUGAAUAGGUUUCAACUAAACGAUAGAUUAAUUGUUUGGUGCCUUACAUUAUUUUCAUUGAUUUUUGUAUUACCGGUAAUGAGAUGUACCACAAGUGUCGUCCAAUUAGAUGCUAACAACUUUGAUGAAGUCACGCGGAGAUAUGAAUUGGUUUUUCUCAACUUUUAUGCCGAUUGGUGUCGAUUCAGUCAAAUCUUAGCCCCGGUUUUUGAAGAGUCUUAUAAUAAAGUACUUCAGGACUUUCCGGAACCGGGAAGAGUAUUGUUCGCCAAAAUAGACUGCGAACAGCAAACCACUUUGGGCACCAGAUUUCAUAUAUCAAAAUACCCGACACUUAAAUUACUAAUGAACGGCAAACUCAUGAAACGUGAAUUUCGUGGACAGCGUAGCGUUGAGUCACUUGUUCAACACGUGAAAGAUCUACUGAAGGACCCGAUAAAACAUGUGCAGACAUUUGAUGAAUUCGGUAAAAUCGACGAAAAUAAGGCUUCACUUAUUGCAUACUCGUCAUCACUGCCCAACACUUCACCCGAAUAUAACCUCUACCGAAAGGUUUCCAUUGAUUUACGAGACGACUGUCAUUUCUAUUGGGUUACUGGCGAUUCAUCUCAGUCUCAUCUGAGAGAUGGCCACUCAUUUUCGCUACUUUUUAAGCCUUCGCGCACUAAACCUAAUGUAAAUGAUGUGGUGUUUCCCGGAGUAUUGCAGAGUUAUGAUGAACUGAGGACUUGGGCCACUGAUAAGUGCGUUCCUCUGGUCCGGGAAAUCACGUUCGACAACGCCGAAGAACUCACUGAAGAAGGUCUACCAUUUGUUAUACUGUUUCACGGGCCGGACGACAAACACAGUAUUGAUGUUUACACGAAAAUCGUUCAAACGGAACUGCUCUCUGAGUCGGGUAAUGUAAACUUCUUAGUAGCCGAUGGCCAGAAGUUUGCUCAUCCAUUGCAUCAUUUGGGCAAAACUCAAAAAGACUUACCACUGAUUGCUAUCGAUAGCUUCCGUCACAUGUAUUUGUUUCCAAAUUUCAAUGACCUAUUGAUUCCGGGAAAAAUGCUACAAUUCAUGCAAGAUUUAUACUCCGGUAAAUUGCACCGGGAGUUCCAUUUUGGACCUGACCCGUCAACCAAUGAAGUUAAUCCGCAAAUUGCCGGUCAGACGAGUCCACCCGAGUCUACAUUUGCAAAGUUGGCGCCGUCGAGGAAUAGAUACACUCUUUUAAAGGACGAGUUGUGAUACUUUAUUAGGACAAUGCAAUGAUUAUUAAAUUAAAUAUAUAGAUAUAUAUAUA